AUGUCGAACCCUCUCGAUACCGACGCUGGCUCUGAGCUUUUCAGCUCUUACGAAGCUGAAUACAAACUCAUCCAAGCCGACUUGAAUCAGAAACUCGACCAAAUUCCUGAACUAGCUGGCGAGCCCCGAAAGGCUGCCAUCAGUCAAGCCGAGCGGGCGCUUGAGGAGCUCGAUGAGCAGCUCAGCGCAAUGCGCCUGGAAAAGCAGAACAUCCCAACCAGCUCCCGCACCAAGGUCAAUCAGCGCUUCCGAAACUACGAAUCAGACACGGACGCCGCUCGUCGCAAGUUGACCACUCUGUCCUCCGACCGUUCAGCGCUUUUCGGAUCGCGCUACACAGACGACCCCGCUGGCUCAUCAGAUAUCAAUAUGGAGCAGCGACAACAGUUGCUUUCCGGCACGGACCGUCUUGACCGAAGCACACAGCGAUUGAAGAACAGUCAAGCCCUUGCCAGUGAGACCGAGGCCAUUGGCGCAGAUACACUGGCAAAUCUUGGCAGACAGAGAGAGGUCAUCCAGCAUACCCAUAUCACAAUGCUUGAGAGUGAGGGCUAUGUGGACAGGAGUGUCAAGACACUCAGGGGCAUGGCGCGAUGGCUACAAAUCGGAUAA